ACACCAAACAUGAACAGUCCCAGCAUUCUUUCAUUAAGAACAGACACUGUGAGCAGUGUGGCUUAUGCAAAAAGCAUUUACUCAGUUUCCAAUAAGAGCUGUAAAGGUUUUAUUGCCUACACAUAAUCUGGAGACUUGUAAUUGUGAGUAUUUCUAAAGGCUCUUAAUGAUCAGUGCCAAGGCCAGUCUGAAAUGCUUCCCCUGCUGCAAGUGUUCAGGUGGUUUUCUUAAACAAAUACUUUCACUGCUUCAAACUAAAUACAUGAUGUGUUUCACCAUCAUUUUCUUCUAGCUGUGACGUGUGUGUGGGCUCAAGGUCCUAUCUCUUUUCAUGCCCAUGACUUUCUUUUGUUCCCCAGCUCCCCAGCUGGACGUUGCUCCUGACUGUUUGUGCUGUUGGAAUUGGAGGCACCUUUCAGUAUGGGUAUAAUGUCUCUAUUAUCAAUGCACCCACCCAGGCCUGUGUGGAGCCCUGAUUGGAGGCAGCAUGGCAAUCCGGCUGGGCAGGAAAGGAGCUCUUUUGAUGAAUAAUCUUAUAGCAAUACUAGCCUCCAUUUUAAUGGGGAUCAGUUUUCCUACAGGAUUGUUUGAGUUACUGAUUGCUGGAAGGUUUUUGAUUGGCAUAAAUUCAGGUGUUGGGCUCUGUGUGCAGCCUCUUUAUAUUGGGGAGUUUGCCCCAAAACACCUAAGAGGUGGCUUGGCCAUGGGGACUUCCAUCUUUCUGACUGGGGGAAUUCUGACAGGACAAAUAAUUGGUUUGAGAGAAUUAUUAGGUGGAGAAAAGCAUUGGCCUCUGUUGCUAUCCAGCAGCUGUAUUCCAGCAUUAGCCCAACUUUUAUUCCUUCCAUGGUUUCCUGAAAGUCCCAGAUAUCUUCUUAUUGACAGAGGUGAUGAGCUGAGCUGUGCCAAAGCUUUGAAAAGAUUUCAUGGUUCCUCAGAGUAUCGAAGGGAGAUGGAAGACAUCCAGCGAGAAUGUUUUGCUUUAGAUGGGGAGAAACCCAAGAAGCCCUGGCAAUUAUUCACUGACCGUGGUGUGAGAUGGCAGCUCAUCACUGUCAUUGUGAUGACAAUAGGCCAACAGCUCAGUGGCAUUAAUGCUAUUUAUUUCUAUGCAAUUUACGUUUUUGAACAAGCUGGGAUCUUGGCAGAAAAAAUCCCGUAUGUAACACUUGGCACUGGAGUUUGUGAAUGUCUCACAGCCCUCUCCUGUGGUUUGCUGAUAGACUAUGUGGGAAGAAGAUGCCUUAUCAUUGGGGGUUAUCUCCUCAUGACACUCUGGUGCACUGUUCUGACCUUCUCUCUGACUUACCAGGAGCUGUACUCCUGGAUGCCUUACUUGAGUAUGGCUUGUGUGUUUGCCUUCAUUUUGAGCUUUGGGCUGGGUCCAGGUGGCAUAACAAACACCCUGACAGCUGAGUUAUUUGUGCAGUCCUCACGUCCUGCUGCCUACAUGAUUGCAGGGACUGUGAGUUGGAUUAGUUUCUUCACAGUUGGAAUGCUCUUUCCCUUCAUAGUGAAUGGACUGAAGCAGUAUUGUUUUGUGGUGUUCUUACUGGAGUGCUUCUUUGUUGCUGCUUUCAUCUUCCUCAUAAUUCCUGAGACAAAAAACAAAUCUUUUCUGGAAAUCAAAAAGGAAUUUCACAAGCUUAAUUUUGGAAGAAAUGCCAGGAAAAAGGAAACGGAGCUUUAUGAAAGAAGACAACUUCAAGAUGAAUUUUUAAAGAAUUCUGCAUAAUUUCACAAAUGCAACAGAACUUGUGAGAAUUAUGAAUGUAGUUUUCUAAAUUAGGAGUGCAAUACAUGAUCAAGUGGCUUAUUAAAUCUUCCUGUGUAUUUAGAGGAAGGGUAACUAAAGGCAAGUUAGUACUGCUGAAAUAUUAUUAACAACAUAUUGUAUUAUCCACAGAAAACUUGAUGUUUAGCUGUAACCUGGUGCUGUAGGGAUGCAGAAAUGCCAGGGAGGAAGUUCAGUGAGCCCCUCUGGCAGAUUUCUGCAGGUAUUUCAGAUAUUUCACUCUUCUUGCAUUUCAAAUCUCUGUCUUCAGUUUGGAUCAUCGGGCACAUCCAAAUUCUUUGCUGAGUGUAACAUUCUGAGCUCUUGUUAAAACCCACGCAAGAGCUGGUAACUUAGAACUGGUAUUUGAAUUAUUCCAGUUUAUGUAGAAAUAGGGGUAUUUAGUUUCUGGUUUUCCAAUUAUGUAACUUUGAAAGCCUUAAAGACAUUACUCAUCAAGUCCUGCUACUGUAUUGUACAACAAAAUACAGCACCUCUCUGAGUUACAGGUAUUUGUAAUAAAAGCUUUUAUCCUGAUAAAAGA